AGAUCAUGGAAGUAAUAUUGAAAGGAAUAACUACAACGCCAGUUCAAAGGUUUCAUCUGCGUUACCGCCCAUCUUUCGAUAACUCGUUAAUUGGUUUAAUAUAUGGCAUGGUAAUUGACUACUCGGCAUGUGAUAGAUCAAAUCACUGACACUUUCCGGUUAUUGUCGUGUUCACGGAAAUAUACGAACAAACCGGAUGUUGUCAUAAAUACUAAGGAAGUCAAAAUUGUCUGAAGUUAUCUUUAAAAACGAUCAAUAACGGUUUAAAAAAAACUAUAGUUUGUAAAGAUGGAGGACGUUCCCGAUGAAAUUUUUGAUGACUUUGAAACUUCGGAAACUGAAACCGAAGUUUAUUGCCAUUGCAAAUCAGAUGUGGUGGCUGAUAUAAUAGAAUGUGAGGGUCCAGACUGUAAAAUUAAGUUUUACCAUAUACGCUGUGUUGGAUUAAAUGUUUCAAUAGAUGACGGACCUUCAGAUUGGGUGUGUUAUGAGUGUCUUGGACAUGACAAACCAAUUGUAGUCUCGGAAAAAGAAAAGAAGUCUUCCAAACAAAUAAAAACUAAGUCCGGGAAUACUGUAAAGGAAUAUGCAUUCACAUUAGAGAAAGCUAAAGAAAGUGCCAAGACAGUUGUGCUUGAUACUUUAAAAACUAUAAGAUCAGAGUCGUUUUGUAAACCCAAUGACAAAUUUAGCGAUAUGUUGACUGUAACUGUAGAAAAAUUGGAAAACAGUAAUGCAGCAAAUGAAAAUUGUGAAAUGUUAAUUCAGCAUAUUUGGCCAUCUGUUAUUGAAGGCGACAACAGUAAGCAGCUAAUUUCAACACGACUUGAAAAAAAAGCUGCAUCCUUCCAUCAAAUUAGAGGGUCUGCAGACAUAAAAUUGACAUUUAUAAGUUUUAUGGACAACUUAGAAAUUGAAAAUUAUUCAACCCGAAUUUGUAAAUUAGUAUUGCAAUUUCUUCUACAACAAUUGUUUCAGGAACUUAUGAAGAAACGACACCCUAUUCCUUCAACAUCAGGAGAAAAAACAUCUGUUUUGACCAUUACUGAAUCUGAAGAACAGGCCUUAAGAUUUACUGCAGGAUAUAUAUGUAGAAAGUUAUCACGUCAUUUCGCAAAAUAUCAAAAAAAUCCUAUGUGUGCACUGUGUUGGGACAUUAUUAAAAACUUUAAGAUUUCUGAAUCUGAAGUUGACACAAGAAAUUUACUCUCCUAUACAAAAGAAUGGCUUAUCCUUGUUAAUAGGGGUGGACUUUUUUCUGUAAGUGAUCCUGUCUACAUAUUUUUUAAAGAAAUGGAAAUCAUUAUUCGCUCAAAUUUAAAUAGAGCAUCUUCAAGUCUGCAUGUCACAAAGGAUGAGCUCCACCAGCAGAUUGAGGAUAGUGAGUCAGUGAACCAGGCUUUUAUGGAAUUGAUGACGCAUACAGAGAGUGAUGACAUUAAAUUAUAUCUUCUUAAUAAAUUUAUUACAUGCUGGGUGAAUCUUAGACUGAAAGCAUUUGCAAAUGUAUUCAUGUAUAUUAAGAAAAAACAAGAGAAUUCAAUAUCACGAAAAUCACAAAAAAGUAUGAGAAAAGAAUUAAACAAGGAAAAUUAAACAACCUCAAAAUAUUGUUGUACAUUUUGUAGCUAUAUGAAAUAAAAUUAAGACCGAUGUCUUAUAUGAAUUAUGUUAUAAAUUAAACACUCUUAUAAAAUAUA